CCACUGAAGGAACCCGGAUGUGCCUGUGGAGCUGUGUUGGCAAUCUGCGCGCCGAGAUUUGGGCACUCUUUGGGUGCCCAGGGCUAGGCGGAUGGCUCAGGGUUGGGCGGGCUUCUCUGAGGAAGAGCUGAGGAGACUAAAGCAGAACAAAGAUCCAUUUGAACCUCAGCGCCGUCUCCCUGUGAAAAAAACUCGACAGCAGCUUCAGCGAGAAAAAGCCCUUCUAGAGCAGAGCCAAAAGCUUGGCCUUCAAGAUGGAUCGGCCUCAUUGCUUCCAGAGCAGCUGCUCUCUGCACCCAAGCAGAGAGCUAACAGUCAAAAGCCUUGCCCUUCUUCCCCUUCGGUCCCCAACCCCCUCCCACUCACCUCUUCCACUGGCGAUGGAAAGCUACGUGGUGUUGAGAGUCAGCCACAAGAACCAGGACCUGAGAAUUCCUACCAUGGUCACACAAGUGCCGAGGUUCGAACUCCAAAGCCAGAUUGCAAAGUGGAGAAAAAGAAAAUGGAAUUGCAAGAGAAAUCCCGUUGGGAAGUUCUCCAACAAGAACAGCGACUAAUGGAAGAGAAAAAUAAACGUAAGAAAGCCCUUUUGGCUCAAGCCAUUGCGGAAAGAUCUAAGAGGACCCAAGCAGAGACCAUAAAACUAAAGAGGAUCCAGAAGGAGUUGCAGGCCUUAGACGACAUGGUGUCAGCUGACAUUGGAAUCCUCAGGAACAGAAUUGACCAGGCCAGCCUAGAGUAUUCUUAUGCACGGAAGCGUUUUGACAGAGCUGAAGCUGAGUACAUUACAGCCAAGCUGGAUUUACAGCGCAAAACCGAGACAAAAGAGCAGCUCACAGAACACCUCUGUACCAUCAUCCAGCAGAAUGAGCUCCGAAAGGCCAAGAAGCUGGAGGAGCUGAUGCAGCAGCUGGAUGUGCAGGCUGACGAGGAGGCUUUGGAACUUGAGGUGGAGGUUGAGCAGUUGCUUCAGCAGCAGGAGGCAGAGGCAGCCAAACAAAUGGUUCCUGUAGAGAGACUGUGCCAGCCUCGUGGGGAGAGUGUGUCUUCAGAACUGGCUGGAGAGAACAAAGAGCCUCAAAAGCAAGCUCCUUCCCCAGAGACAGACAAGCUGGGCAAAUGUAGUAGCACUCCCCAUAGACUAGACUGCCCAGAUCCAGGAGCCAAGAACUUUUCAGCUGCUGUGGCCACAUGAGUGGCCAGUGCUUUUUCAGUUAACGUAUCUCUGCAGUAAAUUAUAGCCUGUCUCUGAUAAAACUUUAAACUUGUUUGUGUUUGAAUCACUGCUUAGUGUUAGUAUGUUAGCAUGUCAGAUCAUUCCAAAGUCACAAGUUGUGACCACUUCAUAUCUAGGGAGUGUUGACCCCUCGGUUCCUUCGCUCCUUGUUACUGAGUUAGAAUAACUGACUCCCAGGAUGGGAGUGCUUGGGGCCCUGGGCUUGACCUUCAGCACUACAAACCAAGCACAGUGGGAGGAGAAAAACUACAUGGCUUCUCAGCCCUUGGCCAAAUUUAACUUGUGAGAGAACAUUGAGACUGUGUGGCCUUCUAUGCAGUCAUUAAAAAGAUAAAAAUUCCUAUAUACCGAGAGGAGAAGAGAAAAACAGGUUAAAUUACCUAUCCGGACGCUAGUAGAGUGAGUAGACAUAACUUGGAAAUCCCAGCUUAUAUAAGGAGCUAGACAACCUAAGCCAACAUUAUUUUCCUUUUAAUUUGCCGGUAAAUGGUUUCUUAUUUCCACCUGAAUUUUAGUUAGUUGAUGCACAUCCAUAAGCUGUGCAUCUGUAACUUUACCUUUACUUUAUUCUGUUCUCCUUAAUCAAUGAACUGACAGAUAAGAUUUAGACAAUGAAAGUGUUUCUAAAGUGACUGUGAAAAUGUCAAGUCUUUUUAAUUAUCCAGCAUUGAUGUGUUUCUUCUCUAAAGCUCUAUAACGUGGAUAUUUAUAUGUCAGGUAUUGAUUCUGCUGUCAUAAAGUAUUGAAAGUGUUAAAGUGCUCAUUUUCUAAUUACUUUCAUAGCUUGUUAAUCACUUGUUCCUGAAAACUUGACUGGUACAUUGUGCUUGAUUGGAAAGUGUAUAAAUAUUUUAGUUUUGCCACAAAUAUACAAAUGUUACCUUAAAUUGUGAUCGAUUGAUCAGAAAUUACAAAAAAUGAAAAAUGUUGCAUUCAUAAAAAUGGAGCUGUUUUUAAAGGAGUCAAAGACAUUGUAGAAAAGUUAGGGACAUCCUAUUUUUAAAUUAUUGUCUAAGACAUCUUCUGAUAGUAAGGAUGCUUUGUAUUUUUCUAUGACCUGAGCUACAAGUAUAAUUUCCCAUUUCUGACUCUAAACACAAACAUUUAUUUCGAUAGAGUUGUUUUUAUUUAUGAACAAGACACAUAAAAUUCAAAACUUCAUUGCCCAAUAUGGUCUUAUUUUUCUAAAGAAUAAACAAGUCUGAUAUAUUUGCA